AAACUAAUUCAGUGUAACCAUGUGCUUUCUUUAACUCACCAUAGGUAAUAUCUCUCAUUUUAAUUCUUUCCUUAUAUAACUCAUUACUUACCUGAAGUGUAAGAGUUUACAUGACUGGUGUCUAGUGUGUUAUAUCUCGGUUAAACCAGGGCAGUUAAACGCAUACUGAAUUGAGAGGUGGUCAGGUCUCUUAUGUUAAAUUACUUAGUUGUCGUCGUCUUUUCCACUCCUGAGUCAACAAGCUGCAUAAUGGAGUCAUUUCAAUUUGUAAACUACUUUCUCCUCAACUUUAUCUUGACUGUAUCUUCGGCACCAACGCAGACCAAAUGUGAAAUACCAACGGACCUGAUAGUCCAUUACAACAGUUUGUCCGGUGCAUCUAUUGGCAAAAACUUUUUUCUAUCAGCUGAAAUGGCUCCAGCAGGAAGUGACCAGCAACCACAAACCGAUGGGGAUAAAACUUGUCCAACAUCUCUGGUUUCUACUAAUAUCGUCCGCGAACGUUCAACCUGCCCUUGGUAUCUUAAAAUUAUCAAUGAUUCAUCAGUUUUUCCCCCAUCACGUACUGAAGGGGUGUGUCGCUGUAGAAACUGUCUAGGCUCUGACAACAACCACCAAUGUGUAACAGUAUAUACUAAAACGACUGUCCUGAAACGUACAGGUAAAUGUGUUGAUGGAUUGUACGUGUAUAGACCAAGUGUGAUUCAAGUACCCACAGCCUGUGUCUGUGCAAAGAAAUUCGAUAUCAUUUCUAGCGAAAAUGACCACCUUUACGAGUCGUAAAAACACCAAGCUACCAUUUUGAAAUGCGUGUAACGCAAAUGUCAUUCAUAAUUUUAUGAAUCUUAAAGUAAACCACUAUGUGGUUAUUAUAUUAUUUCUUAUAUUUUGUUAAUACCUUUAAUAUAUGCAACUGUUUUAUAUUUCAUAAUCAUAAAUAUAUUCAAUGAAAUCCCAAGUGAUUACUAUGUAAUCAAUUAAAAUUGUUAGCAUAUUGUUAACUAUGUCGUUAUCUAAAUAACAGUAUGUUAUUUAAUCAUAAAUGUACAUAUUAAUCUAUAAUAUAUAACUGCGCUAGACGCAGCGUCACUCUUUGUUUAAUCGCAUAUUCACGCCCAUUUACACACACACGCGCGCGCGCACACACACACACACACACACACACACACACUUCAAGAAAACCUACUCUUGGUUAUUGGCGCGAGCUGGAAGAACAAUUUGCACGCUAGGCGAAAUGCAUAGCAGCAUUUCGUCCGUCUUCACGUUCUGAGUUCAAAUUCCGACGAGGUCGACUUCGCUUUUCAUCAUUUCGGAGUCCAUGAAAGAUUUUGUCGUAAUCUACAAUUUGACAUAAAAUAUCAAAUAAUAAACGUUCGCGCGCACACACACACACACACACACACACACACACUCACGCACACACAAACAUGUGUAUAUAAAAUCAUAUUCCAUUUAUAGUCUCCAAAUCAAGAGUUUUUGCCAUCUUGCAUUUCUAAAAACUGGACAAACAGUCCUCGAGGCACCGGUCUAUGGCACGUGCACCUCAUCUUUAGUAAUGUUAAUGGCGGAACGUUAAAAUGGGCUUCCAGACUCAUGUA